AUGCCUCCUAUAAGACGAAGCAAUUUAGGUAGAAGAACCAGAAAUGCUACAAACCAAGCUAAUUACCGAUCUAAUCGUACUGCACAAGAACGUGACGACGGAAAUGAACGUGAAAGAAUUCGGAUAUCACAAACGCGUGAAGCGCGAGCGCGACAUUCAACUAAUAAUCGCGCAAGUUUGAAUCGAGCUGCUUUCAGUUACGAUGUGUCAAUUGACUACAGUAACUACCAAUGUGUUGUUAUUGGUUCUAUGAACUCGGUUUGCUCACACUGUAAGGCAUUAAAAUACAAAAACGAAGCCAAUGGAUUGUGUUGCGCAAAUGGUAAAGUGAAAUUGAUACCAUUGGAUCCACCACCAGAACCAUUGUACUCAUUGGUUUCAGGAAUAGGAACGGAUUCUAUACACUUUUUGACACAUAUCCAACAAUAUAACAAUUGCUUUCAAAUGACUUCAUUUGGGGCAACAAAUGUAGUUCGGGAAAAUUAUAUGCCAACUUUCAAGAUACAAGGGCGAAUAUAUCACAGAGCAGGUUCACUGUUACCAGUGUCAGAUAGCGACAACAAAUUCCUGCAAAUUUAUUUUAUGGGCAAUUCACCACAAGAAAUUGAUCUGCGUUGUGCACAUAACAAUUUAGUAAAGAGGUCUAUUAUAGAACAAUUACAAACUUUAUUUCAUCAACACAAUCAAUUGAUUAUAUUGUUUAAAACUGCCCUGGAUCUGAUGCCAUCCGAUAAUCACAAAAUUGUAAUCAGAGCUGAUAAAACACCUGCAGGUCAACAUACAAGACGUUUUAAUGCACCAACUAUUGAUGAAGUUGCUAUCGUUGUAGUUGGAGAAAACUUGGAAUCCCGUGAUAUUGUUUUACAUCGUCGGAAUGAUCAAUUACAACGUAUAAAGGAAACACACCGCUCAUAUGAUGCACUGCAAUAUCCCAUUAUAUUUUGGCAAGGUGAAGAUGGCUACGAUUUCUCAACAAAAAUGAUAAAUCCCAUUACAGGUUCUGAAACCAACAGAAAAGUCAGUUCAAUGAACUAUUAUUCAUACCGCCUAAUGAUUCGGGAAAAUGAAGAUAAUCACAUAUUGAAAUGUCGGCGAUUAUAUCACAAAUAUGUUGUUGAUAUGUACGUUAAAAUUGAAACGGAGAGAUUAACAUUCAUCAGGUUGAAUCAAACCAAACUCCGAUCUGAAGAGUAUAUUCACCUUCGAGAUGCGAUUAAUACUGAUGGAAAUGCACAGAAUGUCGGUCGGAUGACUAUUCUUCCAGCAACAUACAUCGGAAGCCCUCGGCAUAUGCACGAAUAUGCUCAAGAUGCCAUGUCGUAUGUUCGUCAUUAUGGUACAGCAGAUUUGUUCAUCACAUUUACAUGCAAUCCGCAAUGGAUAGAAAUCAAGCAGGAGUUAUUCUCUGGGCAAUCACCCAUUGAUCGUCAUGAUAUUACAGCCAGAGUCUUUAGACAAAAGUUGAAAUCAUUAAUGGAUUUCAUCGUAAAACAUAAUGUGUUUGGUGAGACACGCUGCUGGAUGUAUUCUGUGGAGUGGCAGAAACGAGGAUUGCCACAUGCACACAUUUUGAUUUGGUUGGUUGAAAAGAUAAGGCCAAAUGAAGUUGAUGCAGUGAUAUCAGCUGAAAUCCCUGAUGUACAAGUAGAUCCUGGAUUACAUGAGGUAGUUAUCAAACACAUGAUACAUGGUCCCUGUGGAACUCUUAAUCAAAAUUCACCGUGUAUGAUGGAUGGUAAAUGUUCAAAACGAUAUCCACGGACAUUAAUAUCGGAAACAAUUACUGGUAAUGACGGUUAUCCAUUGUAUCGUCGCAGAUCGACAGCAGACAAUGGAAAAUCAACAAUUGUCAAAUUAAAUCAACAAGAUAUUGAAAUAGAUAAUCGUUGGAUUGUUCCCUAUUCACCCAUUUUAUCAAAGACAUUCAAAGCACACAUCAACGUUGAAUCUUGCCAUUCAGUGAAAUCAAUUAAAUACAUUUGCAAAUAUGUAACCAAAGGGAGUGAUAUGGCUGUGAUUGGAAUUGGUGCAGAGAAUUCCAAUGAUGAAGUUACCCAAUACCAAAUGGGCCGCUAUGUCAGUAGUAAUGAAGCAGUUUGGCGAAUAUUUUCUUUUCCUAUUCAUGAGAGACACCCUUCUGUUGUUCACUUAGCUGUGCAUUUAGAAAAUGGACAAAGAGUGUAUUUUACAACACAGAACGCAGUACAAAGAGCUGCUCAGCCACCAUCUACUACAUUAACCAGUUUUUUUGAGACAUGCCAAAACGAUGAUUUCGCACAAACAUUGCUAUAUUCUGAAAUGCCAAAAUAUUAUACCUGGAAUCAAUCCUCAAGGAGAUUUAUACGACGGAAACAAGGAAAACCAGUUCCAGGAUAUACAGAUGUAUAUUCCACCGAUGCGAUUGGCCGGAUUUAUUCAGUAUAUCCAAGCAAUGAUAAAUGUUUUUAUUUACGACUGCUAUUAGUCAAUGUACGUGGCGCAACAUCAUUUCAACAGUUACGAACUGUUGAUGGUGAAUUGUGUGGAUCCUACAGAGAAGCCUGUCAACGUUUGCAAUUACUUGAAAAUGACGCUCAUUGGGAUCAAACUCUCAAUGAUGCUGUAAUAUCAUCACACGCUCAUCAAAUACGAACAUUGUUUUCUAUAAUCAUAUCUACAUGCUUCCCAUCAAACCCAAUUGAUUUGUGGAUCAAGUACAAAGAUUAUAUGUGUGAUGAUAUUUUGUAUCAAAUACGGAAUAGAAUGGGAAAUCCAAAUAUACAAAUCAGUGAAGAAAUUUACAAUAAUUCAAACAAAUCUUCCACUGUUAAAUGA